GCGAGUUGCUGGGUCGAACACACAACACCAGAGUGGGUCGGUGGUCGGUGGUCGCAGCUACAGACGGGUUCUCUCUCUCUUUGUGUUUCUGCAAACUCUUGUUUCCUUCUGCACCAACAUGGCAGCUGACUGUGUGGCCUGGCUGAACGCGAACCCCGUAGAGCCCGGGGACCUGAGCGACUCCUUUCUAUCUGGUGAUGAAGACAACGGCAGGCCGGCUGUCUCCAACAAAAACGGCAGCAGUGAGAUCAACGGCAACUGGCUGCUGUCGUCCAGCAGCAGCGUCCAGGAGGCCCGGCUCAAGGCCAAGGCCAAGCGGAGGCUGAGGAAGAACUCCUCCAGGGACUCUGGCCGAGGAGACUCGCUCAGCGACAAUGGGGACGUGGUCCGGGGGUCCUCCGCGGCUCCCACCAGCCCCAAGAGCAAGCUGCUGGACAGGAAGUCCAGACUGGGAAAGGGCAGAGGCCUGCCGAAGAAAGGUGGGGCUGGAGGAAAAGGUGUCUGGGGCCGAUCCGGUGAAGUUUAUCAGCUGGAGCAGGUGGAUGCGAAAGAUCCCAAUUAUGACGAAGCUCAGGAGAACUGUGUGUAUGAGACUGUGGUCCCUCCACUGCAAGAGAGGGACUUUGAGAAGACUGUCGCCCCCAUAGUGCAGGAGUACUUUGAACAUGGGGACACUAAUGAAGUGGCUGAGCUACUUGCAGAACUGAACCUGGGGCCCAUGUGCAGUGAGGUGCCCUCAUUGGCUGUGUCGCUGGCCCUGGAGGCCAAAGCCAGCCAACGGGAGCUCACCUCCAGGCUGCUGGCCGACUUAUGUGGACCGGUCCUGUCACACAGCGACGUGGAAAACUCCUUCGACAAACUUCUCCGAGAGCUGCCCGACUUGGUCCUGGACACACCCGGAGCCCCACAUUUGGUGGGUCGGUUUAUUGCUCGGGCUGUUAGCGACCAAAUAUUGUCCAAGGGCUACAUUGAAGGUUACAAGGGCAAAGUUGACUGUGAAUACUCAAGGGCGGCACUGGACCGGGCAGCCGUGCUGUUGAAGAUGAGUAUGGAUGGGCUUCGCAUCGACAACCAGUGGGGGUCAGGGGGGGGCCAGAGACCUGUCACACAGCUCAUCAAAGAGAUGAACCUGCUGCUGAAGGAGUACGUUCUGUCUGGAGACCGCACGGAGGCUGAGAGAUGCCUGAGAGAUCUGGAGGUUCCACAUUUCCACCAUGAGUUUGUGUACGAGGCUGUACUGAUGGUUCUGGAGUCCAAAGGAGAGAAGACUUCCAAAAUGGUUCUGCAGCUCCUGAAGUCACUCUCCGCUUCCUCCAUCAUCACCGUGGACCAAAUGAGAAGGGGCUAUGAAAGAAUUUACAUGGACAUUGCUGAAAUCAACAUCGAUGUCCCUCGUGCGUACUUCAUACUGGAGCAAUUUGUGGAUAUGAGCCUCAGUAUGGGAGUCAUUGAUGUGAAGUCCAGAGAUCUCUGUCCCUGUCGAGGCCGGAAGAGAUUCGUCAGCGAGGGGGACGGUGGCGUCGUCAAACUUGAAAGCUACUGAGGCGCCCUUUUUACUGCAUGUGCCACAAGAAGAAGAAGCUACUUUUUUACUGACGUAUUUUUCAAGAUAGUUGGGUACAAUAUUUCUCCUUCUAACAGUCAAAAGAAUCUACAUUUUUGAAACUGGGGUAGGCUAAAAAAAAAUCUGCACUUUCCGAUUAAGACUGAAGAUGACUUUCUCCAAGGUUUUUCACUAGACAUUUAAAUAAGCUAACCCUUGAAGUGCCACACCUCUCAGUGUCCAUCGCUCCAUGUUGUUUUGUACAGUAUUUUCUUGAUUUCACUGCCACUCCUUCUGUGUUUUCUGGAACGCAGUGUUUGUACAGAGAUGACUGCUUUGUGUCAAGAGCUUUACAAAGGGGUUUGAAAAAAGAAAUAUAGGUUGCGAGUUCAGUAUAAUACUGGCUCCCUAACUAGCUGCUCUUUCUAUGCUGUGCUUGUCUCUUUUUCGUCUCUAUACCCUUUAAUAUCACACAAAGAUAUAAUUUCUGAAGGUUUAAGACUUAACAAAAAACAAAUAUCAAUCGGGUAACUCCACAAAAUGGUGUCGAGAGUGUUUAUUUUUAUAUAUCAGGAAUACUGGUUUGUGAAAUGUAUUGCUUAUUGUUUGUUCAUUAAACCACUAUUAAAUAA